CCGUCUGUCUCUCUCUCUCCCUCCGCUGCUAGCAGAGUUAGCACUAGCACGUUAGCCUACAGCAGCUGUCGGUGGCAGUCAGUCAGAGUGGUGGUGCAUUUGUAAUCAUCCUCCUCCUCUCCCGUAGAUAGACCGUGGACGACCAGGUUGUUUCUUCGGGAGCCAGCUGCUUCACCUCCUCGGGCUACCUGCGUUAAAAUUUAGUUGUCCUCGUCGUCACGACAGGAAGAAGCCCUGGGACAUGGCCAGACCAGAACAAGUACUGGUGCUAGAGCCACAACACGAACUGAAAUUCAGAGGCCCGUUUACAGAUGUCGUCACUGCCACUCUGAAGCUGACCAACCCCACAGAUAGAAAUGUGUGUUUCAAAGUCAAGACAACCGCGCCUCGCAGAUACUGUGUGCGCCCAAACAGUGGCGUUAUUGACGCUGGAAACUCCGUCAAUGUUUCUGUUAUGCUACAGCCGUUUGACUACGACCCCAAUGAAAAGAGUAAACACAAAUUCAUGGUGCAGUCCAUGCUGGCUCCAUACGACAUGACUGACAUGGAAGGAGUUUGGAAGGAGGCAAAGCCUGACGAGCUGAUGGAUUCAAAGUUGAGAUGUGCAUUUGAGAUGCCUGUAGAAAAUGACAAAACUCAUGAGAGUGAAACCAACAAAACUGUGUCUUCCUCUGCCUCCUCUGUUAAGACUGAGCUCUCCACGCUGCCCAAGUCAGCCAGUGCCUCGCUGGAUGACGGCGAGGUGAAGAAGAUCAUGGAGGAGUGCAAGCGGCUGCAGAUGGAGGUGCAGAGGCUACGGGAAGAAAACAAACAGAUCAGGGAGGACGACGGGCUGCGGAAGAGAAAGGUGACCUCAAUGGGCGCGCCUUACUCUUCUUCCUCCUCCGCCAUGGCCACCUCAGCCAUGAGGGACGAAGGCCUAAGCACCCGCAUCCUGGCGCUCUGCGUGCUCUUCUUUGUCAUUGGAGUCAUCAUUGGCAAGCUGGCCCUGUAGAGACACAGACAGACAGUGACAGACGGGCGGAUGGCGUGCUCGGGAGGACAUGUGUCAAUGACGGCAACGGGGAUGUCUUCUGGGUUUAUGUUGAUUUCUCUUUCUUUUUAACAUUUAAGGCAAUAUCAUAAUGGUUUGUCUGGAUGGAAAAUGAUUUAACAUGUAAAAAGAGAACGAAGGAAGGCGAUCCCAAGUGAAACCAUGUGCAAGCGUUUUUGUCACAGGUCUUGCCUUUUUCUGUUUUUGUGAAAUAAUCACCACCUCUGAUCUGUUCUUCUCUGUCCAUCCCUCCUUCCUAAAUGAUCUUCCGCAACUUGCACAGGUAACAGUUAGUUGUGUGUGGAAGUGGCUUCAUGCUGGCUGAAUGUCAAAAGUCUUUCAUUGAUUCUUCUUUGAUUCUUAAGUCUUCAAGUUCCUCACUCACAUUGUCUAUAAGAAAGAUCUAACACUCUUCUUCUGAUAAUCUCUCUUCCACUUAUUACUGAUAAUCUGCAAAGAGAGGUAAACAGCAAUCAGUGAAAGAUUAUUUUCUAGAUUCAAACUAAAUGUUUGUGUGUGUGUGUGUGACUAUGAAAUCACGCUGUUUUUAGAACGGAGGAACAGGGGUGGUUUGAAAACAAAACUGUCAUCUAAACAGAUUUCCUGUACACAACAGAAAAAUGGGGGUCUUUGUUGGAAAUCAGUUUAAAACUUGAUGUUUGUCGCUUACUGGCCCAAGGAAUCAGUAGAAAUCCAAUAAAUCAAUUUUUUGGCCAUUUGUAAAAUUAUAACCUGGUAAACAUCAAGAUAUCGAUAAGAAUGUAUGCUGCACGAUGAUGUAGUUAAAAAAAAACAAAAAACAAAGCUGUAAUAUUUAGUUAAAGACAUCAGAUUUUUCUAGUUCACAUUUUUACUUGAUACUUCAUCAGGUUGAGAGAGGCAGCCCCCGGACAUUUUCAAUAUAUAACAUACAGUAUGUAACAAUAGCUUUGGCCACCUUGUUUAAUUUUGCCCAUGGAGUAUUGUAUUUGCGUCCUCUAGUGUAUUACUGCAGCUGUUUGCCUUUUUUUCUUAUGUAGCCACGAUGCUUCUGUUGUUUAUAAUAUUCUAAUGCACUAUAUUCAAGUGUCCACUCUGCAGUCUGCAUGAAAUGACCUGGAUUUAUUAUGAUUAUUAUUCUUUUUUUGAGUGUUGAAGUUUAUUGGCAAAACAAAAA